AUGGAAUAUAUAAAACAGUUCUUGGGUUCUUCGCUAAGCAUAGUCGCUGAGCAGCAAGCUUUACAUCCAUUACUGCAAAGGAAAUUUGGAUCCAAAGAAACUGGUAACCUUACGCCAGCAGCUUUAUCUUACAUAAGUUACUUGCGAUUAGAAUCCUUGAUCAUAUUUAGAUAG